GGAGAAAGGGCUGGAUGGGAAAGAUAGAAAGAGGGAGGGAUACAGACAUCCGAUAAAGAAACGCACAGCGAGCAGCGGUGGUAAAGCAAGGCUACAGACAGAAAUAAAGAUAAGGUCUGGAUAUAAAUGCUCGCAUCACUGGCUGGGGAAUAAUAACUGCAGCAAGUGACAGGAGGAUACAGAGAAAGAAGGAAACAGAGAGAAGAUGGAUGUACAAACGGAGAACAUGGACCCCCCGCCUUGUGAAUCCCAGUCGAGUGGAAAAAUCAGAAAAGGAUUCAAGCUGUUUGGCAAACGCAAACCAGGUAACAUCUUUUCUAUUCGAAACAAAGGGGAUGGAAACAACAAGUCACCUGUUAACAGGAGCAAAACCAUAGAUGGAUUAUCAGAUACUGCUGCACCAGAUUCAGAGCAGGAGCCAGACAGGGAAAAGGGACAGGAGGUGACUCAAGGAGAGAUGGAGCAGGCAGAGGAGGAAGCGCUUGGUGAAGAUGGCGUUCUGGCUGCCGCCCAUGGUCGCACCUCCAUUUCUUCAGCCAGCUCAGCCAAGUCCCUCACUUUCCUGUCAUUACUGAGGGGUGGCCGUAGAGGAACAGGAGACCGCCGAGUCCACACCGUGUCCCAGCCAGUGGGUCGGCAACGUCGUGGGCUGAAGGGUCUCUUUGGCAAUGUUAAGUUCAGAUCAAAGGAUAAAGAGGAUAAGGAGGAAACCCCUCCAAGCCCACUUCUCAUGUCGUCCCGUGCCAACAGUGUGGAAAUCAUCAAAGAGGACCUCACCCUCACCCCCAAAUCCCAGCCUCGCUCCCUGGACAGCCCAGAGAGCCGUGAACCUGUCAAGAGCUUGGCAACACAGGACAGUGCAGCCACUUCUCCAUCAGAGACUCUAACUCCCCAGGUGACAGCAGGCAAUGUGAGUAAAACUAAUGAGCAUGUACCGCCUUUACCCACCUCUGAAUCACCCUUGGUACCCGGUGAUAACAGCCUGAGCUCCUUGCUGGCAGACAUCUCCUCUCUCCUGACCUUUGACUCAAUCUCAGGGGGUGGAGACAUCAUGGCUGAUGUAGAGGCAGAGUGGGGAAAAGCCAGCAGUGCCAUCAGUGCUGUUGUGACCGAGGUCACACCAUCAUCCACAUCUUUGUUCUCCAAACCCUCUGUCUCGUCUCCGAAGACGCCUACGUCUGUCAGCACUGCUGCUACAACAAAACCCUCUUCUGUAGCUGUCCUCACAACAGCCUCAUCCAAAUCCUCUACUCUUCUCACAAAAACAACUUCAUCCUCUUCUCCUAUUGCCAAGCCAAGUACCAUCAUCACAACGUUCACCAAAUCUUCCACUUUGACUUCUCAGUCUCCAGCCUCUGAGCCUUCUACCAGCGUUAUUAAAUCAGCUCCUACUGUCACCACAGGAAAACCUUCAACUACUCUUGUAACAGUGAUAAAUCUUUCAUCUUCAGUAACGUCUUCCCCUUUGAUGACGAUCAAAUCCUCACCGAGCUCCACCUCUACUAUUGCCACAGCUCCUUCAAACACCACAGCUACUGUAGUCAAGACUCCCUCAGAUGGUCCAACUCUUUCCUCUAUGACUAGUAAACUGGCCUCAGACACUGCAGCACCUCCUCAAAUGGUUCCUUCGGUAAUUAAACCUGGCCCGGUAGCUUCACCACCCCCUGUAUCAGCUAAAAUGCCACCAGUAACACAUAGCCCUCCCGCCCCCGUUGCUUUGACUCAACCUACACCUGCUAAAUUGGAUUCAGUUAGCAAUUUGAACUCGCAAAUUUCCACUUCCCACAAACAUUCCCUAAGCUCAGCUGCAGGAGAAUCUAAAGUUCCAGUGACAACAGUUCACACAGCAGUUACAGCCUCAGGCUUGGUAUCUGUGGUCUUUCCCAAGCCUUUACUCACUUCUGUGCCAGUGGACUCAAAUCGGACCACUCCCUCCCUUGUUACUGUUUGUCCUUCCUCUACCCAGACUGCAUCCUCAGCAACCAAACCAAGCCCCGUAUCUGUCCCAACUUCAUCUUCAACUUCUUCAGAUAAAAUUCCUCCUACGACUGAACCUCCUUCUCUACCAGUCUCGUUAGAUAAGAUGCCUCCCGUUCCCACAGCAACUCCGGCUCCUGGCAGUCAUGCUGUUGUUUCUACAGCAUCCCUGACACCUCCUGCUCCAGGUCAGAUCCCAGUCUCUCAGUCUAAAACCCCUCCUGCUCCUGCUCAAAUCCCAAUGUUUGUAUCUAAAGAUUCACCUGCUCCUGCUCAAAUACAAGUUUCUCAAUCUAAAGCCCCUCCUGCCCCUAUUCAGAUCCCAGUUUCUGUAUCUAAAGACCUUUCUUUCCCUGCUCAGAUCCCAGUUUCUGUAUCUAAAGAUCCUCCUGUCCCUGCUCAUAUACAGAUUUCUGUCUCUAAAGGUGCCCCCGCUCCUGCUCAGAUUGAAGUUUCUCAAUCUAAAGUGCCCACCUCCUCUGCUCAGAUUCCAGUUUCUGUAUCUAAAGACCCUCCUGCCCCUGCUCAAAUCCCAGUUUCGAUAUCUAAAAACCUUUCUUCCCCUGCUCAAAUACAAUUUUCUGUGUCUAAAGAUCCCCCUGCUGCUGCUCAAAUUCAAGUUUCUCAACCUAAAGCCCCUUCUCCUCCUGCUCAGAUCCCAGUUUCUGUAUCUACUGACCCUUUUGCCCCUGUUUGUAUCCCAAUAUCUGUAUCUAAAGACCCUCCAGCUACUGCUCAGAUCCCAAUUUCUCAAUCUAAAGCCCCUACCUCUGCCCCUGUCACUUGCCCUGUCACUUCUCUGCCCUCUACCCCUGCACCUCGGUUGAGUGAGGCUACAGCCUCUGCUACAAUGAAAGGCAGUGGACAGGCAUCGGCAGAUGGGCAACUGGCUAGUCCAGGUUGCACAGAAGCCCAGGGGGCCCAGACAGUGCCAUCUAAAACAGAUGAGUACAAUGAGUCACGAACAAACCUCCAGGGCCCCUCAAAAGAAAGGAGGACACCACAUGGAAAGACAUCAGGACUUAGCAAAAUACCUGUAGUUGGAGGGGGCAGAGUAGGCAAAAUACCAGUCCGGGAAAGUCACCAUGUUGAUGAUGAGGCAAGCAGGGACCCACCUACUCCUGUGCGCGAAGAAGAGAGGCCCCAUUUCAACUCACAUGAUCUAGGGAGCAAAGAUAAAAUCAGUGAUGCUGGGGUUAUUGUGCCCACCCCAAAACACACCCAGGAGGAGAGUCAGCAGCCUCCUCAGCCAAAAGUCCUCACCAGUUUACCGCGUGACUCAAAGAUCCCUGUGAAACAUGGCACGCAGUCUCACACUGCCUCUCAAAUCCCUCAAGCUAAAGAACCCCCUCGCACCAAGAUACCCGUGUCCAAGGUUCCUGUCCGCAGGGUUGGUAAUAAACCUGCAGCUGCGGCUGGCAGCAACCAGAUAAGAAAAUAAAACGAUGGACUGAAUAAAUUAACAACACAGAUUAUGGCUUUGACUGCAACUGUUUUCCAACAUAACUGCACGGCCAUCCUUUUUUAAUUCAUCUUUCUAUACUGUAAUUCUUGGCUCGUCUCUCUGUCAUCUCUUGGCUUCACUACACCAUAAUCAACAGUAACAGAGUCAAGGAGGCUGACAGCACUCAAGCACAAAACAUCUCCACAGGGAGCCAAAGCAACAAGCCUGGUUCUCUGGUGCUGAGCCAACUGGACAUGCACUCAGGAAAGGUUCAGGGUCACACCUGAACACACAGCAGCAUCGGUAACUAAGGAUAAGCAAGAUUAAAGGUCUUCUGGGAACACAGUCACACACACAACAUGGGAGAGUGCCUUUUUAAGGGUGCUUUUCCUACAGACCCUCAGAAUUUGUUCAGUCUUUUCUACAGUACUUUUAACUUUUGUUACUCCCACUUUUUCUAGGAACUGUCAAACCUUUUGGUCUUUCUUUCCAGCAAGUCUCUUUGAUAAUAACCAGUCCCUUUACAUUUUUAUUUAUGUCAGGAGAACAACUGCAGGAGCUGUAUAGAUAAAUGCAAAACAACCAAAUUUACAUUCCACAUCUAUCUUUGGAUGUAUGUAGCAGAAAACGUGCCAUUAAUUUUUGUACAAGAUGUUGAACUGUACAUCGCCUGUGUGUUCACCUGCUCAUAUGUAACAUGAUCUGAUCUCACUGUGAACUCUGGGAGAGACUGGUUUUGAGGGAGAAAAGGAAAUAUAUCUACUUCAAGUGAAAUGGACAGCGGACAGUAGCCAUUGUGAAUGGCACUGUGGACAUCUAAGAAAGACAGAUGAUGCUGAGAUGAGAUCUCCAGCCCUUAUACUGGCACAUCCUUCCUUUAACCCACUUAUACUCAGAUGAGAACAAUAUGUCUGUGUAUAGUCUCAUCUAUGUUGUUCUGUUUCCUAUUUAAUCAAUAAAACAAUAUGAGUACUUAGCAAGAUGAGAUAUGUUUUAAGCUGUCAGUUAUAUCCUAUUUCCAUAUUGUAGCAGUUUGCAGACAGAUAAGGAACAUGAGCACGUAUAAAGGAUUUACUGGCUCCGUAUUAAAUGGGACUACGUCAUUUCUUGAGUUAAUCUUAUGUAGAAGGAAAUUACAUAACUCUGUUAUCUAAAGAAAUGUGAAAGAUCAGAGUGAAGGCCACAGUCAAAUAUUUGAUAUUUUAUUGACAAACCCCCACAGUGGCUUACCAUCUUACUACAGCCUGGGCUCAGAUUGUCCUCACAGGAACACGAUUCCAGCAGCAUCCACACUCAAAGCUCACUGACCUGAAUAGCGAGCACAUGAAUGUCAGCAGAGCCCGGCCAAUCAGCCGCGAGGGAGACCGCUUAACAUGCGUACCUUAUUAUCAGGAAAAGGGUUUGGGAAUGUGUGUCACUGCUAUUCUUAGUGUGAAAUGCAUCUGAUGCAUGUGCUGAAUAAUGCUCCAAAGACUGAGAGGAUCAUUUGAGUUAAACAAGAACAAAAUGUAAUUAUUUGGACACAAAAUGCUGAAAAGCAACUAUAACAGUUACUCGUGGUGAGAGUAAAAACCUCAGGUUAAGGUAGAGAAACUCAUCCGAGUCAUGGGGUAACAGAACUCUUUAUUAAGAGAGGUCUGAUGUUCAGAAUUUGGAGUAAAGAACAGAGUUUUUUUUUUGUCUUUUUUUAAUAACAACAACAGCAUUGCGGAGGUGACACAAAAAGACCUCUGUUUGCUUUAGGAAGCCAGGGGCUCCAAGCCGAGAAGAGAGGACCAUCAUUUGCUGGAAAAAAACACGAGGAUUUCAGCAUAUCAGGUGCUGAUACAGACCGCAGAGGGUAAAAUCAUCUCCCUGGGAAAAGAACAGUUUGCCCCUGAGGUUAUGACCCAACGCAGGUUUGCUUUUUGUUAACACCUGCGAUUUGGUAUUGAACAUUUAAAAACAGACUUAAACAGCACAUAGAUUUUUAAAUCACACCCGUCAGAGCAGAGAUCACAUUGGUUAUGAGACCUCACAUUGCAGUGUAAUAAAUUGCAUUAUGCUCUCCAUUACAGGAAACCGGGGGCAUGAAUGUGAGUGCAGCAGUUUUAAUGAGGAAACUG